AUGGCGGAACCGUCACUUUCUCCUGCGGCUGCCUCCCUUUUUGCGCGAUCCCAGGCGCGUCCCUUCGUUUUGCCGAGUUCGUACAGCUGGUGGGGGGAAGUCGACGCGUCAAGAGAAGCAGGUGCGGAGCCGACUCCAGAGAAACACGCAGCCUUUGUCAACGACGACUCCGAAAAAGCAAAGAGCAGUGAAGGGAACAACCCUCGAGAAGAGACCAGGUGUACAGACACCCCCGACGGCGUCCCAGAAGUUGGACAGGCCGCGGAACUCAGGCGUCUGAAUCUGUUGAGGAGUCACUUUGCAACUGCCUCUUUCUGGGAGAUCGACACCGCCGAGCGGAUGCGCCAGGGUCUUUGCUCCUGGUCUUCAGGGAGUGCUAAAAAUGCAGAGUUUUCAGAAGGGAACUACAACGGUGGACCGAGCUCAGAAACGGAGGAGAUGCCGGCUGCGGACUUCCGAAGAGAGGCGAGGCUCCACGGAGUCAGCGGAGUGCGCGACGGCGACUCGGAGAGCCUCGCGUCCACAGGGUCGGGAAUCCGGCCAUUCGGCUUCGCACAGGAUGAAAUUCUGUGUCCCGUUUUCCGGCUGAUUUUGAACCACCGAUGCAACCUAACGCUUGUCGGGAAGCGCCUGUGCGCCUCGGACCUUCUCCUUCGUCCCCUAGCCGUGGUUCACAGUCCUUCCGGCGCACAAACGAGCGACGCGACGGAACCGAAGGAUCGUCCCGAGCGCAAAAAGGAGACAGGCAAGGAGGGACGGAACGGCAUGGGCAACUGGUUACAGCUCCUCGCUCCACAACGUAGCCCGACGCGCGCGGCUGACGGCGAUCGAAACUGCGGGCGGCACUCCAGCGAAGACGGCGCAGAUUCGAGCACUGCAAGUUCAUGCUGGGAAACGGCCGCUCCUUCCAGCGCGUCUCCUGGUGGUGACGGUGACUCACUUUAUUUGCGGCACAUCACCCUGAAUGUUCUCGCUUCGUCGGCGGUUGCCUCUCGGGCCAGUCCGGCGCGAUCAAAAUCUGCGUGUUGCCAGGUAACAGACGGUGCGUCUUCAUCGACGAGCGAAGGCACAGAUGGGUCUCAUCCUGGCAGCACAUCCCUAGCAACUUCUGAGGCGCGCACAAGUGUUCAGUCGGCUUCGCGAACCUCGAAAACGGAGGAAACCGCCUGGGGUCCAGCGCUGUCCUACGGUCUUCUUCUGGUGAGAUUGGAGGCUCUUCCGGAAGAAGUCAGGGCUGCCGUGCUGCAGGCGUCGAGGCCGUUCGGACGCUUGCUGGAGGAUCACGGGGUGAUACGGGAAGUCCUCGUUGAUAAGAAACUGCAUAUUCACAUCCGACGGUCUUUCUUCGACAUCGGGGACGACGCGGAAUGCCAGGACGGGGCAAUCGGGGAAGGAGGGGACCGCGAGAAACCGUGCGUUCACCCGAAGGCGCCUGCGGGGUGUACUUGUGUGUCAGUGCUACCGCCAGAGUCGGAACGCGGUCGCUGCAACGAACAAAUAUCGUGCACUUUUGGACGGUGGUCAUUGAUGCUGUGCAACGGAAAGCCUGCCGCUCGCGUCUUGGAAAUUCUUAACGCUUCUCUGCUGCUUCGGGCGGCGGCUCUCGAUCACCGUCACGAGAAGGCGGCAGGAAACCGCGAAUCCAAAGCGCCAGCGGGGAGUGUGGAGCCAGAUUCUGCGGCGACGGGUUCGGCUUCAGACGCCGGACCUUUUUUAUCUGAGGAAGAGGAAGCCGUCCUGGAGCACUUGAGCCGCGUCUGUUUGUGUUCAGCGCAGGAGUGCCCAAUUCACAAACCGUGGUUGGACAUUCCGUCCCUCUGGGGGCCGCCGACGGGGUUCUCCCCAGCGCAUUCGCGCUCCGCCAGAAAGGAAGGAAAAGCCCGCACGUGCGAAAACUCCGCAACCUGCGGGACUGAGUCGUGUUUCAACUGUGGGAGUGCGUUGUGUGUCGAGAUGUUCCAGAGGGAAUAG